AUUCUGCUGUCGGUCACGCCUUUUCCCGUUCCCUCUGCACUUACGUGGCUCAUCUGUCUUUUCCCCCAGUUGGACACAGCCUUCAGCAGCCACACAAUGGAGUUGGAGGCCAUGACCCGGUACACGAGCCCGGUGAACCCGGCGGUUUUCCCGCACCUCACCGUGGUCCUGCUUGCCAUCGGCAUGUUCUUCAAAGCCUGGUUCUUCGUAUAUGAAGUGACCUCCACCAAGUACACGAGAGACGUCUAUAAGGAGCUGCUCAUCGCUCUGGUGGCGUCGCUCUUUAUGGGCUUCGGCGUGCAUUUCCUCUUACUCUGGGUCGGCAUUUUUGUCUAAACGUUAUAGGAAUGGCAUGUACAGGAAAACAUUCCAGGUUGAUCAGACACUAUUUUCCAGAACUUCAAGCUUUGUCACAGGAAUAUUGGACACCGGAAUAGUGGAUUGAUUUUGCACUGGUGGGAUUGUGGGUUAAUAUUUCACAAAUAAAACCGUUUUUGUUAGAAAAACCAUAAACGAUUCUUGGCUUUCAUUUGAUGAUAUUUAAAACUCAUACAUCAGUUCCUUAUUUAAAUGUCUAUAUUUAGAUCUCCUAAUCCUUUUCACCUC